GCGCUCAUUUGGAUGUUGUUCCUGUAGACGACUCACAGUGGUCGGUCCCUCCUUUCGAAGGGGUCGAACUAGAUGGAUUCAUUUACGGAAGAGGAACAAUGGACGAUAAACAAAGUAUCAUGGGUAUCAUGGAGGCGCUAGAAUUUAGACUGAAACGUAAUGUCCUCCCCAAACGAUCUCUGUACAUCGCAUUUGGACAUGAUGAAGAGAUCCAAGGUAAUAAGGGUGCUCGCUACAUAGCCCAACGUUUGCAGGAGCGAGGCGUUUCUCGGGUCGAAUUUCUUUUAGAUGAGGGCACCAUGGUAACCCGCGGCAUUUUUCCGUUUGUGAAUAAGCCGGUUGCUAUGAUAUCCAUAGCUGAAAAGGGUUCGCUUACUGUCGAGUUGACAAUGGAUUCUGCUCCUACGGGCCAUUCUUCAGUGCCUCCAAAGGAAACCAACAUAGGGGUGCUUGCAAGAGCUAUAAGCAAGUAUGAUCUAUAUCAAAUUAGUCGCAAGAUGGAAUCUAACUGAUAAGAAAUAAAACAAAUAUUAGGCCUAUAUAAUUCUAACAUAGGGGUGCUUGCAAGAGCUAUGGGCAAGUACGAUCUAUAUCAAAUUAGUCGGAAGACGGAAUAUAACUGAUAAGGAAAUA